CAAACUACACUUCCCAAGCUCCCUCCUGGGCGGGGCGCGGGGCGGAGCGCAGCUGGUACCGGCCGUAGGGAGAGCAGGAUGCCGGAGAUGGCGGCGGCGGUGGAAAUGCGGCUGUAGCGCUGCCGCUCUGUCUCUCUGUGCUUCGCCUCGGGCCGCGCCUGAGCGAGGAGCACCUGUGAGGAAGCGGGGCUGCCGCCCCGGGGCGGCUCGGACUGCGCUGUGCCUCCCGCCCAAUAAAGAAGAAUGUCUUUGUUUAAAGCUAGAGACUGGUGGUCCACCGUACUUGGAGAAAAGGAAGAAUUUGACCAAGGCUGCCUGUGUGUUGCUGAUGUUGAUAAUAGUGGCAGUGGACAAGAUAAAGUUAUUGUGGGCAGUUAUAUGGGAUACCUCCGAAUCUUUAAUCCACAUCCUGUGAAACCUGGAGAUGAAGUACAGCCCGAAGACUUACUCUUGGAAGUGCAGUUGCGAGAACCAAUAUUGCAGGUGGAAGUGGGAAAAUUUGUUUCUGGUACUGAAGGACUUCAUCUGGCUGUGUUGCAUUGCCGAAAACUCUGUGUAUAUGCUGUUUCAGGAACUCUGGGAAAUGUGGAACAUGGGAACCAGUAUCAGAUUAAGCUGAUGUAUGAGCACAAUCUUCAGAGAACUGCUUGUAAUAUGACUUAUGGUCCAUUUGGUGGUGUAAAAGGUCGAGAUUUGAUAUGCAUACAGUCCAUGGAUGGGAUGCUUAUGUUGUUUGAACAGGAAAGCUAUGCUUUUGGCCGUUUUUUACCCGGUUUUCUUCUGCCUGGUCCCUUGACUUACAGCUCUCGCACAGAUUCUUUCAUUACUGUGUCUUCAUGUCAACAGGUUGAGAGUUACAAAUACCAAGUGCUGGCAUUUGCGACAGAUGCUGAUGAAAGACAAGAAACAGAACAGCAAAAACUUAGCUCUGGAAAAAGGCUUGUGGUGGAUUGGGUUCUAAACAUCGGAGAGCAAGCACUGGAUAUAUGCGUUGUCUCAUUUAAUCAGGGAGUUUCUUCCAUUUUUGUGCUUGGUGAGAGAAACUUCUUUUGCCUUAAGGAUAAUGGGCAAAUACGAUUUAUGAAAAAGCUUGAUUACAGUCCGAGUUGCUUCAUUCCUUAUUGUUCAGUGCAAGAAGGAACAAUAAACACUUUAAUUGGAAAUCACAAUAAGAUGUUGAAUGUUUAUCAAGAUGUUACACUGAAAUGGGCCACUCAACUUCCCCACAUUCCUGUAUCAGUAAAAGUAGCGAAUUUUCAAGACUUGAAGGGUGUUAUAGUCACUCUGACUGAUGAUGGGCAUCUUCAGUGUUCAUACCUUGGAACCGAUCCUUCAAUCUUCCAGGCUCCUAAGGUUGAUGCUAGGGAAAUAAACUAUGAAGAAAUGAAUGCUGAAAUGAAAGAGCUUCAAAAAAUCAUCAGGGAGGCCACAAAAACGCAAGAUAUUUUGCCUGAAUCUGAAAAACGGAGAGAUCUAACUGUGACAGCAGAGGUUUCACCUGAUUUGGAUGCAGAAUCUCAAGCCUUUGAGAGUGAAGUAAAAGCAGAGGCAGUACCAUCAGUCACAGUAAAGAUAACAGUACAGAGCAGAGUGGCUGUGCAGAAGCCGAGCCUGGCAGUUUGUGUGCAAGCUCCGUUAGCAGUGACCUGUGACCAGUUCGUCUUUGAUGAUUUAGAACCAGAUUCAUCUGAAACUGUGGUCCUGUCUGUCUUUUUGAAGGGGAAUUGUAUUCCAUCAGAACUAGAAGGAAAUUGCAUGGUUUCAUAUAAUAUACCAACAGAGCUCAAUCCUGAAGGAAUACCGAGAGUUGCGCAGUGUAACUUCAGUCUGCCUUUGCGCUUAGUUUGCUUUCCAACUCAGCCUUCAAAAGCAGCAAACCACAAGCUAACUAUUGAUACCAACAAACCUCCCGUCACUUUUCUCACCAUUUUUCCAGACUUUGUUGAUCCAUCUGAGGGUGACCAGGCAAAUGCUCUGGGAUUUCUAUUUUUAACUGGUUCAAAAACCACUCUUCUUGCUUCAAAAACAUCACAACGAUAUAGGAUCCAGAGCGACCAGUUGGAAGACCUUUGGCUGAUAACGAAAGAGCUCACACGCCGACUAGAGGAACAUUUCAAGAAGCAAAACUGCAAAGAUUUUGCAUGUACCUUUUCUGGUUCGAUUCCCCUGCAAGAAUAUUUUGAACUAAUUGAUCGACAUUUUGAGCUACGUUUGAAUGCUGAAAAAUUUCAGGAGCUGUUAUCUGAGAGGGCCGUACAGUUUCGAGCUAUUGAGCGACGACUGCUGACACGAUUCAAAGAUAAAACUCCUGCUCCUCUUCAACAUCUGGACACCUUGCUAGAAGGAACAUUCAGAGAGGUAAUAGCUCUAGCAGAUGCAGCAGAAGAAAAUCAAGCCAACGUGUUCCAGGCAUUCACAAAGUUGAAAAGUGCCACCCAUCUGGUGAUUAUGCUGAUUAGUUUGUGGCAGAAGCUCAGCACUGAUCAAGUUGCAAUUCUGGAAGCUACGUUUUUGCCAUUAGCAGAAGAUACACAAGAGCUGGGUUGGGAAGAAACUGUGGAUGCUGCAGUUUCUUACUUGUUAAGAACUUGUUUGUCAAAGAGCUCUAAAGAGCAGGCCCUGACUCUCAGCAGCCAGUUGUGCAUGCCCAAAGAUACCAGCAGACUGAAGAAGAACAUCACCCUCUUCUGUGAUAGAUUGGCCAAAGGUGGUCGCCUUUCAUUAAGUACAGACUUGGCCACUCAGCAAGCUGCUGUCAUGCCAGGUGGCUGUGCUACAAUCCCAGAGUCUGAUUUAGAGGAAAGAACCGUUAUACCGGGCUCUGCAGCAAUGUUUUCCAGUCACGGGCAGAUCACAAAGCAGAAAUCCAAGCAUGGUUUGUCUGAGGAUGCAGCAGAGGAAGCAAAAAGCCAUGAAACCUGAAGACAACCCUCAGGAGGAAUUUCUAUCUGAUGUCUGAUGCAUUUAUAAUGCAGUAGUACUGAUACAUUUUAAUCUGUACUGAUUGCAGUUUCCAGGAGAGGACUGUGCUAAUUAAUUAAAAAAAAAAAAACAAACAAGUUACAUUCUAAUAAUUUUGGUUGGGUCUCCCUUAACAACUACUAGCAUCCUUUCUGUGAGCAAAGUUUAAGCACUUACCCAACUGUUGUAGGGGUGUUGUGUUGUAUUUUACAAUAUAUCAUCCCUUUCUAAGGAUUCAGUUGAUUGAUCAAAGACUGUUUACACAUAGUUAAAAGCAGCCUUUGUUUCAGGAUAUGUUUUAUCUUUUUAAAAAAGAUAUUCUGAACUGCACCUCCCUUUGAGAUUAUAUUAACAUUUGUUAUAUCACAGUUUUGACAAAAGAUAACUAUCUCGUUUCCUCUUGUACUAACGUUCACAAUUCCAGACAGCUGAAUUCACUACCAGAAGAAAAACUGGUAAUCCAUCAACUCUUUUUCUCCUCUCUCAUUGCUUAUACAGACUCCUGCUCUCUAGAGAUAUAGAGUAAAAUAUGGUUACUGGAUAUAAAGGGCAAACCCUUUUGCCAUUAACUAUGUCACUAUGAAUGGGAAUAAAGUUUACACUGUAAGUACGUUGAA